UCGAGUUGUGUGCCAAACGCUCGGCACCUGUCGCCUCACACGUGUUGCGUUCCAAUUUUCAGUGCGCGUCUCCUUCGCACACCCGCGUACACCGCGGCGUAUACGUUACGUUACGUAUUGCAGUGCAAUAACCGGAAUAUCUGAUUGUAAUUAUGUGAGAUAAGAGUGGAGUGCCCAAGAGCCAAGAUUCCAAGCACAAACAGUGAUUGUCUCAGCUUAAUAUUUUGAGAAAGCAUAAAAACGGAAAGAUAACGUGUAGCUCCUAAGUAUGUUAAUUAGUUUUAAAAGUUUUGCUGGAAGGCGGAACACCAUCAAUGUGAGUGCUGAGGACUGCGUGCUCUUCCACUAGAGCUCCGCGCCGCUCGGGGGGCAAUGAAAUCGCGGAAGCUGCCAAAGGGCUUCGUGCUUUGUGGCCUCAACUGUUUGACCUUCGUCUACUUCCCGCUCGUCCUGCCCAUCCUGCGAUGCUCGGCCGGAGCAUCGCCAUCGGCAUCGGCGGGCGGCGGUGGCUCAAAGACCGCCGACGACUUCGACUUCCGGAUGCAGCGGGUGCGGAAUGUCCUCAAGGAGGUGCCCCUCAUCGACGGGCACAACGACCUGCCGUGGAACAUCCGCAAGUUCCUGAAGAACCAGCUGAAGGACUUCCACUUCGGCGGCGACCUGCGAGAGUUGGCUCCCUGGUCGUCGAGUGCCUGGAGCCACACGGACCUGCGCCGCCUGAAGGAGGGCAUGGUCUCGGCGCAGUUCUGGUCCGCCUACGCCCCCUGCUCCUCCCAGCAUCUGGACGCAGUGCAGCUGACUCUGGAGCAGAUCGACCUGAUCCGCCGCCUGGUCCAGCUCUAUCCACACCACAUGGCCCUGGUCACGACGGCGUCUGGAAUCGAGCAAACCCAUCGGACGGGCAAGAUAGCCAGUCUGAUUGGCGUGGAAGGCGGACACGCCAUCGGCACCAGUCUGAGUGUCCUGCGUAUGUUCUACCAGCUGGGCGCCAGAUACUUGACUCUCACACACACCUGCAACACACCUUGGGCGGACUGCUGCAAAGUUGACGAACCGGGGAAGUACCCGCACAUAGGCGGCCUCUCGCAGUUUGGCAAGCUAGUGGUCAAGGAGAUGAACCGACUGGGCAUGAUAGUGGAUCUGUCCCACGUGUCGGUGCCCACGAUGCUGGACGCUCUGGCCGCCUCGAGGGCUCCCCUGAUAUUCUCGCACUCCUCGGCGCACGCCAUCUGCAAUAGUUCCCGCAACGUUCCCGAUCAUGUCCUGCAGCGCAUUGCAAUAAACGGCGGGCUGGUUAUGGUGGCCUUUUAUCCGCAUUUCGUCAGCUGCUCGGGACAGGCAACAUUGCAGGAUGUUGUGGCGCAUAUCAACCACAUUAGGGAGGUGGCCGGCAUCGAUCAUGUUGGCAUUGGAGCUGGUUACGACGGAGUCAACUUAGUGCCCAAAGGACUGGAGGAUGUGUCCAAAUAUCCGCAUCUUUUUGCUGCCCUGCUCGAGUCUGAUAAAUGGUCGGAGGAGGAUAUUGCCAAGUUGGCUGGCAGGAAUCUAAUACGUGUAUUCAAGGAAGUCGAAGCGGUACGCGAUCAGAUGGAACUUCUGCGAGUGGCACCCAUUGAUCAGUCAAUUCCAGCCGAAGACAUUAUGGGCAGAUCCUAUUGUCGUUAUCAAGGACCAAGAACGUGAUAAUUUCUCCAUUUGUAAAGUUCACCCAUAUGCAUAGCGUUUCAUUCAUGGCAGCUCCGUGGCAAAAAAUGCAAAAAAUUAUGUCAAGCGUACGUGUUGUAAACUGAAACUUGUUUUAGGUUAAUUGACAAAGUUUUCCUCCUCUCAGCAGCUGAUGUUGUUGUUUUUCUUAUUGUUGUUGUGUUGUUAAUGUAUGGGUGGCAUGAUGCUGCACAUACUCUCACACACACGCAUUUGAAAAAAACGCCGACAUUUUGCAAUCGCUCAGAGUCGAGCAGCUGGCCAACUGCUGCCGCAGCACUGAAAAAAGUGAACAAUGUUUGAAAUCAUUUCAAAUAUAAGAAAACUUCUUACUAAAGUUCUGUUUGUCCGAUUAAUCGAUUCAAUUUUAUAUAGUUUUAUUUAGUUUAAAAACUGACCAAUCAUCGAAUUUAAGACUCAUCAUAUUUAAAUUUGUUAAAACUUUCUUUUAAAUUUAAUACUUUAAAAAUUGUUUAUGUAAAUUACUUAGUUAUACAAAUAACCCUCAUCGUCAGUUGAAAACAAGUUAUUUUCUCAGUGCUUUCAACUCUGAGCGCAGCUGGCAUCGCCCAUAAACAAAUACAAAGUGGCAAGAGGAGACCACCACCCACCCACAAAAGCCCCAAAACCUCCAACCCCACAAUCCUCCAUUCCAGAACUAGCCAACAUUGUGUAAAUAUCAUUGCCAUGUUUAUUUUUAUCUCUAGCUCUAGUCUUAGCAAGAAAAAAAGAGAGCACAAGCAAAAAACAAGGAUGAGAAACAGAAAAAUCCAUAGCACAAAAAAGCUAAAAAAGUGAAGUCUAUAAUAGCGAAAGAAUAGCACAUUUAGCCUCAAACUGAUAAGCCGACAACAAAGCCGAGGCUAAUCACAAAAGUCAAGCUCAAUGUUAGUACAGAAGGAAAAUCUAAUUUUUCAUCGUGUAUUUUUUCUAUGAAAAAGUUAUUAAAGUUUACAAGGAAUAUAGCUAAUAGUUAAUGAAAUAAAUGUUGAAUUAUUGUACGCGACUUUUGCCGGGCUUUUUCGGACCUGAUGGCGAAUGACGUUCGUUUAUUGGCUCGGCUUUUGCAGCGAAUCGAUUUAAUUAUAAAACAUUGUGCGUUUAAAGGGUUUUUAAUUUCGUUAUUAACCUAAAUGAAAUUCCCAUUUAAUUAGUUAAUUAACAUUAAACAUUUAAUUAGCCAAGGUUUAAUGCAAAACGAGCAACCGAAAAAAAUGGAGUGUAAUUCAAUGCACGAAUUGAAUGUAACCACAUUUUUUGCAUCAUUUGUAAGGCUUAAAUACCAAUCUUUUAAUCAAUAUUCAAGUAAAGCGAUGCAAAUGAAAAACAGAGAAAUGGUAAGCAUGUUGUAUAAUUAAUAGAUCCAUACCAAAUUCAACCCGCCAAAAUUGCAACCAACAAGCAAACCAAUUAAGCGAGAAAUGAUAUUAAAUAACAAUUGUAUAGAAAACAAAUGAGAAAAACUGUAAGCGCGUUUGUUCAAGAACAAUUUAACACGUAUACCUAUACAAACUCACCUACACAUAGUCAUAUAUAGAUAUUUAUAUUAAAUAUUCUGAUUUAAUUUUGUCACACAAUUUUCAUAGGCAAAACUAUUUAGGUUUUUAUUAUUUUACCAUUCAUCAUACUCUUUGCAACACAUCUUUAAUCAAACAAAUUGUUUUUUUUUUAAGGUGAAAAGCGUUCAAAAAUAGAAAAAAUUCAGAACAUAUUUUACAUUUAAAUUAGAUGAGGGGAGAAACAAAAAAGAAAAUAACACAUGUGAUCAAAACUAAAGUUAAAUUAAAGAUCUAUAUUAUUACUACUUAUAUAUAACUAUGAUAAUUUAAUGUUUAACAACACCAUAAGACAGACAAAAAUGAAAAUACAAACAAAUUCAACCAUUUUUACUGCUGAUGGACAUUGAAAACAAAACUACACUUUAUCGAUUAUAAUUAGCCUAUAAUAAAGUGAGAAAUUUAACUGUAACCAUAUAGGAAAACACUUGAAAACGCUGAUCACGUGAGCAGUGUUUGAACACCUUGUAAAUAUUUGUAUGAGUAAUGAUAAAAAAGUAACUGUAUGAAAAAUACGAGUAUGUCAAGUUGUGAAUUGGAAAGUAUCCAAGAACAAACCAAAAAUAUUUAAAUUAAUUCAUAUGUGUAAAUCGGAAGGUGUCGUAAAUGGCCAGCAGAAAAAUACCAAACGGAAUAUAAAUAAAUUCAUGAAAAUUAAAAGUCGA